AUGGCCUCUAUCGAGCGCGAGAGCGCAUGCGGCAAGCAAGAUGGCGGCGGGAUAAGUCGUGCUGGAUUGGAGAAGAAAAUAAAGGACUUGCAGAUAGCAGAGCGAAAUGCAAUAUAUGAAACACACAGCACACUGCAUUUGCAAUUGCAGUUCAAUCAAUUGCAGGCGGGGAGCAAGAAACUUGCGGAGAAAAAUCGAGAUUCGGAGAAGGAAAUUGGUCAAUUAAUAGCAUUGCUCGACGCUCAAAAACAACAGAAGGAGAUGACUCUAGUGCUUCCAGAAUUACACGAUCAAAAUGAGGCGCAGAUGUGUGCUAAUCGAGAGGAGUUCAAACUGCAAUAUGAGAACAAAAUCGAGAAUAUGGCGCAAGAGUUACGAAAAUAUAAUUGUUGCGUGGAAAAAUUGACUGAAUUGAAGGCAGAUAUAGCAUUUAUAUUGCGAAAUCGUAUGACAGUCGGAAGAGGCCAGAUAUCUAUUCGAUAUUUUGUUCUGUGUGGGCCUCUGAGAGACGAUAAACGCACUUUGUCGGAGGAUAAUGAAGAGCUGCAAUUAUUAAUGUGCAGCAUUAUAACAGAAUUUAGCGGUUACAUUAUAACAGAACUUAGUAACAUAGAAGUUACAGAUGCGUAUUUCCGAAGACGAUUUGUGAAACUCACAAAUAAGGGCAAUAAAGAUAUAACUUUGAGCGGUUGGACGAUUAUACGCAUAGCUGGUGCUCUGGAAAUGUUCAAUUUCCAUCCUACCACGUUCGAAGCAGGUACUAAUGUAUUAGUUUAG